AUGAAUUUCAAGUUCCUUCUUUUGACCUUCACUCUCGGUGUUUUCGCUACCGAGCCUGAACGACCAUUCUUCUUCUCUUCCCAAUUUGGGAAAUCCAACCCAACCGUCACCUUCACUGACACAAAUGGCACAUCCCAUACCCUCUCCAACAAUGACUGGGAAUCCAACUACGCCACCAUCCAAGCCAGAUCCAAGCUUGAGUCUCGUUUCAAGACAGGCGGCUUCCUGGACAAGUGCAAGAACGUCCGCUACUACCUCGCCAAGGCAGACGACAAGAACCCACGCAAGAACGGGUAUCAAAACGGGUACAAAAAGUCUCCCUGGCUUGUGGCUGAAUGCCCUGACAAUAACGGGAACUACAUUUGUACUUGGCUUGAACUGGGCAAAUGUCUCGUCAACCUGGACGGAGAGCUGUACCAGGGUAAAAACGGAAACUUUCAUCAAUCUUGCACGCAAUGCAACCUCAGAGAAAACGGCCGUUGGUUCAACUGUGGCUGCUGGACCAAGUUACCCAAGGGCACUAUUCAAUGGACCGACAUCAAGGAACGUUUGAAGAGAACGACUAUUGAUCUGAAUGUUGCCAUCGGAGCCCAGGACGGGUACUUGUACUGUCACGGAAACUGGGGAGUCAAAGACUUUUGCAGUGGCAGGCCUUCGAACGAUCCUUUCUCGAUCAAGUGCAAUGACAGCGGCAUGGAGGCGUACUGCUGGCAGUAG